GAAGAGUGAGCAAGCUGAUGGUUAGUUUGGAAAUUAGGACUGAAAGUUUAUUUCGUGUAGCAGAGAAAAUAUGAAACGCGCUUCAAAGACGGAGACUAAGCUGUAAACGGUCCAUCACAGAAGAAUCGUCGGUGGAUACACAACGUUCACAACAUCAUGCAAAAAAUGAGCUGCUUCUUCCCGAUGAUCUUUGUUUCUCUGGAUGUGUGUGUGGUGCACGCUAUCCAUCUGGCACAGUUCUCACCUCUGCUCCUCUCCCAUCCCUUCAUCGCCCUGUGGGGAGGAGGACUGACCAGGGCUUGCCUCCUCCUCCUCCUCACCUUUACCUAUCCUGGCAGCGUGACAUGUGUGAGCAGCUUUGAGGGCCUCCAGACUUUAGGGGUACUUUGCUUCCACUUCCCAGUCUACACCAGUCUUCUGUGGACUCUCGGGCAGCCGACCAUGGAUGAAAUAUCUGGGUGUCACUCAUGGGAAAGGAUACUACAGGGUUAUGGUGUAACAGUAGUGGCCUGGAUCUACUGGAGUCGAUAUAUCUUACCUUGGUUGAUGAAGAUGACCACCAACAAGCCCAGUGAGGAUACUGGUGCCAUCCUGAAGAGACUGAUGGAAUACAUGCUGCCUUAUCGCUGGCGUUUUGUUGCUGUGCUGGUUCUUGUGGUUCUGUCCUCUUGUGCUGAGAUGGCUGUUCCAAAAUACACUGGUCAUGUGGCUGACUGGAUCCAAAAUGAAGAAGCACCUGGUGUAUUCACAGAGGCCGUCACAGUCAUAACAAUAAUGACUGCUGCCAGUGCUGUGCUCGAGCUGAUAUGUGACCUCAUCUUCAACAUCACCAUGAGCCUCGUACAUGCCUCAGUCCAGGGAAUUAUAUUCCAGUCAGUGCUAAAACAGGAUAUUGCUUUUUUUGAUGUCAUACCAACAGGUGAACUGGUGUCACGUAUUACCACUGAUACCAAUGAAAUGAGUGAGGCGCUUAGUGCGAAACUAAGUUACAUGAUGUGGCGCACAGCACGUUUUGGCUUCAUCUUUUUCUUCAUGGUAAACCAGUCAUGGAAGAUGUCCUUACUCAUUUGCAUGGGACUGCCCAUCAUCUGGGUCAUACCAAUGCUCACCGGGCAUUUCCAUCAGGCUGUAGCUGCAAAGGUUCAAGAGUCGCUGGCUAAGGCCAACCAGGUGGCCACAGAGACCUUCUCCUCCAUGAAGACAGUGAGGAGCUUUGCCAGUGAGGACGGUGAGACAGAGAAGUACAGACGGAAACUGGAUGACAUCCAUGCCCUAAACAAAAAGAAAGCAGUAUAUUCUGCAGCCAAUACCUGUGCCAAUAGUAUGACCACUUUGUUUCUAAAGGUGUGCAUUAUGUACUAUGGUGGAAUGCUGGUGACCAGAGGAACUGUUAGCAGGGGAGACCUGGUGUCCUUCAUCAUCUAUGAGCUACGAUUGGUUUCUGCUAUUAAGACUUUCAUGAAUUGUUACCCUGUGGUGAAGAUGGCGAUUGGUCACUCACAAAAGAUGUUUGAAUAUUUGGACCGGAAACCUCAAACACCUGCUGAUGGUACCUUGUCACCAGAAAAUCUUGAGGGACACAUUAAGUUGGAAACUGUCACGUUUGCAUAUUCUGGCAAAACAGAUGAUGACAGUGUGGUGCUCAAGGGCUUGUCUUUGGAGAUCAUGCCAAGCCAGGUCACUGCUCUUGUUGGGUUCAAUGGAUCAGGGAGGUCGACCUGUGUCAAGCUCCUGGAGAGGUUUUACCAACCCCAACUAGGGCAGAUUCUUCUUGAUGGAAAACCACUGCAGAGCUACAAAGACCAGUACUUACAUGGCAAGAUCGCUGUGGUGAGCCAGGAUUGUGUGCUGUUUGCUCGUUCUGUGCGUGAGAACAUCAAGUACGGUUAUGAGAGCGCCUCUGAUGAAGAAAUGAUCGAAGCGGCCAAGCUGGCAAGCGCCCAUGAGUUCAUCAUCAGUGAUCUGUCAAGUGGAUACGACACAGAUGCUGGUGAGAAGGGAGGUCAGGUGUCAGGUGGCCAGAGGCAGCGCAUUGCCCUCGCCAGAGCUUUAAUCAGACGUCCAAAAAUCUUAAUUCUGGACAACGCCACCAGUGACUUGGACAGUGAGAAUGAAUAUCAGGUUUACCAAACUUUACUGAAGAAUACCAACAACGUCACUGUGCUGCUGAUAUCGAACAAGAUGGGCGUUGUAGAGACGGCCGAUCAUAUAAUCGUUCUCGGUGACGGGGUGGUGCAGGAGGAGGGCUCUCAUGAUGAGCUGCUGAAGAAAAAUGGUCUUUAUAGUGAAAUGGUGAAAAAGCAGAACAUGGGCUUCCACCGUCAAAAAGGAGACAAUACUAAUGUACAAUAACAAUCAAAUGUGGUGGUCACACACAGGCCAGGGAAUAAGAAAACCCAGAUU